ACUCGUGUAAAUCCACCCCAUGUUUUCACGCAGACCACAAACGGGGCCCCAUGACCAGCCCCUCCUCCUACUGUAACACUAGUGGACAUUACCAACUGGGACCCACUUCAUCAACAACUUCAGGCUUAUUUACGUCCACUUGAUGAGAAUUAAAAAAUAUUUUAAGACUCCAGAACAUAUAAGAUGUUUUGGUAGCAAAACCAUAAAGACUCUUGAGUUCCUGGGACUGGUCCUGAGAGGAUAAGCCUCUUGGUUUGAUCGGACCUUUUCAUGAAGAUCACCUCGUCAUCAUGGCCUGUGAGUCCGACCCCUACAUCUUCUCUACCGACACUUUACCCACCGACCUCCGCUUCCUCCCUCCACUGGCCAAUGGGCUCCUGGGGUGGAGGGUGUAUGAUAACAUCAUGCAUAUGGGGGGUGUUUACAAUGGAGAUGAUGGACGGACUCAUCGGGCAGAUGUUCCCUGUCCUCUAGCUGUGAAGAUGGAGACAGAGGAACUUGCCAAACACGCCUACUGUUUGGACACACACACAGGCAUUUUUACCCACACUCUGAGCACAGCCACUGUAACUGCCUCACAGGCUUUAUACUCACACCGAUACUACUCAAAUCUGAUGGUGAUGGAGAUUCUGUUGGUACGUCAGGGAACAUCACAGGAGCCAGUCACAGUUGAGCUGGUCAGUUCAUUCACACCUCAGAGCAAAGACAUCGCUUUUGAGUCUGGUCCUGAUUACAAAGGAGGGAGGCACAUCUAUGGACAGACGGCCACCCCUGAGUUCCCGGGGGUCUCUUGUGCUACAGUUCAUCUGAUCUGGACCACCAUGCCCCCCACUCUCACGCUGCUCCCAGAACAGAGCCAGGCUCGCUGGGGCUUCAUCCUGGUUGUGGCCAACAGUUUAGAGAGUGCUGAGUCCAGUUUUGAUAAGGGUCUAAGUCUAAUGGCGUCUGGAAACCUGCGUCCCUCUCAUGAACAGGCCUGGAAAGAACUGUGGCUGCUGAGCAAGGUAGAGGUCAAAGGGUCAGAGACCCUCUGCAGGGCUGUGAUUGGCUGCAUGUUCUACCUGCUCAGUGCCUUCCUGUCCAUGCAUGACACCACCAGCUGUUUUGGUGGAGUCAGUCCAGGUGGGCUGUCCAACGGAGGGGAUGGUCAGGACUAUUGGGGCCAUGUUUUCUGGGAUCAGGACACAUGGAUAUUUCCAAGUAUAGCUCUGUUCUACCCUAAACUGGCUCGAGCUGUGCUUGAGUACAGAGUGAGGACUGUAGAUGGUGCAAAAGACAACGCUCAAAGGCAAGGAUACAAGGGACUAAAGUUUCCAUGGGAGAGUGCUGUAUCGGGCAGGGAGGUGUGUCCAGGGGAUAUUUAUGGACAACAAGAGAUUCACAUCAAUGGAGACGUCAUCCAUGCCUUCAAACACUAUCUCUACCUCACUGAGGAUCUGUCCAUGUUCAGAGAGGGACAGGGCAGCCAGGUCAUAUGGGGUGUGGCCGAUUACUGGGUCUCCAGAGUGACCUGGAGCCCCGAGGACCAAAAGUAUCACCUCUUAGGAGUAAUGCCACCCGAUGAGUACUACUACAAUGUCAAUGACUCAGUGUACACAAACACAGUGGCCAAAUUCAGUCUUCAAUUUGCUGUGGAAUUGGCAGAUCUUAUGCAACAUCCUGCACCACCAGAAUGGCAACAAGUGGCCGAACACAUCAAAAUACUUUUUGAUGAAGAAUCCAAGUACCAUCCUGAAUAUGACGGCUACGUGAAAGGUCAUCCAGUGAAGCAGGCAGACAUAGUGAUGCUAGGUUAUCCUCUUGGACUGCCAAUGUCUCCUGAAAUAAGAAGAAAUGAUCUUGAGACAUACGAGCCGGUAACAGACCCUCAUGGUCCAGCCAUGACCUGGAGUAUGUUUGCGAUCGGCUGGCUGGAGCUGGGGGAGGCUCAGAGAGCUCAAAGUUUACUUGAGAAGUGCUUUGGCAACAUCCAGGGUCCUUUCCAGGUGUGGAGUGAAUCAUCAGAUGGCUCUGGAGCAGUGAACUUUCUCACCGGUAUGGGUGGAUUCAUGCAGGCUGUGCUUUUUGGUUAUACUGGAUUCAGAGUUGAGAAGGAAUGUCUCGCCUUUUCCCCACUGCUCCCUGAUGACGUCUCUGAGCUUUGUAUACGUGGCGUGAACUACCUCGGAAGUCAAAUGGAUUGGCUGUUGAGGAAAGAAGAAGUUUGUAUCAUUCUGAGGGGAGAUACUGAGAGCAAAAAUCGCUAUAAUCUACAGGUUAUCCUGAAGGCAUCGGGAACUAAAAUUCCUCUAAUACCAGGGCAGCCAGUGACUUUUUCCCGAGAGGCUGGGUGUAUUUGUAAAGUGACUCCAGAGUACUCCUGCUGGCCUUUCUAAAACAGCAACAGACCUCAUGUUAUUCCGUUUACUUAGAAUUAAGGAUAUAUUCAACUGUACUGUAUAUCUAAGCUACUGUCAGAUCAUAUGCUCACUUUCAUUUGAGCAACCAUGAAUCAAAUGGAGAUUGAACUAAGAGGCACAACAAGUAAGGUAUUUUAUUUUAAAAUCCUUCGUAACACAAUGAUUUACAAAAUAUAAAUGGGCUGUUUGUAUUUAUUUUGUAUUGAUAUAAUAAAAAAUAAGCAUAUAAGUGUAUGUGUAGAGUCAGUUUUCUUUAAUGUGAAAUAGUCUUGAAGGAUGAUUAAUUCAAUUUAGUUCUAUAACAUGAAGUGUUGCUCUACGAGAAUUAAUUACAUUGUAAAUUAUGUA